AGUGGCCGGCCGGCAAAAACAAUGGCGCCUGCCGCGACGAGUGUAAAUCGUAAAUAGUGCUGUUUAUUUUUAAUUUCAUCAGUGAAUUUGAUCAUUAACGAAAUAAAGAGUGACCCUAAAUCGUAAAAAAUAGGUACUUACGCGAAAUUUACUUCUAUUUCUCGUGAACCAGAGUGAAAAUUAUGAAUAAACUCGCUCUCAAGCCUCUCAACUUUGGCCUCGCUUCGGUUAUCACCAUUCAAAGUUUUGAAAGGAUUCUAUUUCAAUCAUGGAACCAACCCGCCGUCCCAUUGGCCGAGCUCGGGGCCGAAGCACCCGAGACAUGUCUUCAGCCUCCUCUGACAUCAGCAGCGUUGGGGGCCUCUCUUCCUUGGAGGCACCCCCUAAUAUGCCAGCGACUAGUUUUGGUCGCGUCCCUGGCGCCCCUUCAAUGGCUCCUCCGCCACGCCCGAGGAGCCCAUCUUCACUCUCCACUGUCUCAAGCCUUGCUACCAGUAGCAGCUUCCGCCCCUCGUCCGCCAGGGGCUCAGAGAUGUCCGUCCUUAGGACUCGACCUGAAGCCAUCACCAGCAAGAAAGGCUCUACUGGUCAGCCCAUCAACCUGAUGGCUAACUACUUCAAACUUUGCAAAGUGACCAACUGCACUUUGUACCAGUACCACGUUGACUUUACACCUGAGGAGGAUAGGCCCAAAGUGAGGAAAGCCCUUUUGAGGAAGCAUGCUGAAGAACUCGGUGGCCACCUCUUUGACGGCAUGAUCCUCUACUCUGCCAGGCAAUACAAGAAUGAACCUUACCAGCUUCGCAGCACCAAUGAUGAUGGAUGUGAACUGAUCAUUACCAUCAAAUUGACCAGGAUGGUUGAAAAGGGUCACCAAGAGUACAUCCAGUUCUUCAAUGUUCUGAUGAGGAGGUGCCUCCAGCUGCUGAAUCUGCAGCUUGUUGGCAGGAACUUUUUUGAUCCUCAUGCCAAGGUUGUGAUGGGCAACCACGGCAUGGAGUUGUGGCCUGGCUACCAGACUUCCAUCAGGGAGCACGAGCAAGAUAUUCUGAUGUGCACUCGCAUCACUCACAAGGUUAUGAGGACUGACACCGUCCUUGACCUGAUGGUGGAAACCCAGAAAAAGGGUGGAGACUGGCAGAAAAACUUCUGCGACAGCGCCCUUGGCUUGGUGGUCCUGACAGACUACAACAACAAAACGUACAGGAUUGAUGAUGUUGAUUUCAAAGUGUCCCCUAGAUGCAAAUUCUCUCUCAGAGAGAAGGGUGAGAUCUCUUACGCCGAGUAUUACACUCAGCGCUACGGCAUCAAUAUCAGAGUGUUGGACCAGCCUCUCCUGAUCACCAAGUCUAAAGCCAAGGAAAUCAGAGCUGGGAUGUCAGAGACGGUCUUCCUGAUCCCUGAGUUGUGCCGUAUCACUGGCCUCACUGACCAAAUGCGCAGUAACUACAGGUUGAUGAGUGCUCUUGCGGAGCACACAAGAGUGGGACCUUCAAAGAGAGUGGAAAAGAUGAUCCAGUUUGCCAGGCGUUUGAUGGGAGAGGACAAGAUUGUGAAGGAGCUCUCAGACUGGAACAUGCAGAUCGAAGAUAGCCUUGUGCAGUUUGAGGGCAGGGUGCUUCCGCAAGAGAACAUCAUUCAAGGACGAGAAGGCAGAGAACUGCGCUACCCUGCUGGCCCCACUGUUGAUUGGACCAAGCAACUGAAAAGGACUGAGAUGCGAGAGGCGCCCCACUUGACCAACUGGGUGGUUAUGGUGCCCAGGAACAUUGAAAGGGAGACCUGCAACUUUGUGAACGCAGUCAUUGACGCAGCCAGACAAAUGGGCUUCCAGAUGGAUAUUCCGAAGCGCUGGGACAUGAAUGAUGACCACCAGUCCACUUAUGUGAACGAGCUUGAAGAAAUGCUCUCCCAAUGCGUGCCAAAACCCAGCUUGGUGCUUUGCGCUGUGUCGAACAACCGCGGUGACCGCUACAGUGCUAUCAAGAAGAAGACCUUGGUCGACCGCCCUGUUCCAACCCAGGUGGUCACAGUGAAGGCCAUGACCAACAAAAACCUUCAAUCAAUUGCCUGCAAAGUGGCAAUCCAAAUCAACUGCAAGGUUGGUGGUGCGCCUUGGGCCGUCGAGAUGCCUAUGCGUGGCACCAUGUUUGUCGGCUUUGAUGUCAGCCACGACACCAUGAACAAGAGCAUCUCAUAUGGCUGCAUUGUGGCCUCUUUGAACAACAGCCUCAGCCGCUGGUACUCUGUGGUUUCAGCCCACAAGUCUUCUGAGGAAAUGAGCAAUGAGGUGUCUGUCAACCUGGUCAAGGCCCUAAGGAAGUACCAGGAAGUCAAUGAUGGCCACCUGCCCUCCAGGAUCAUCAUCUACAGGGACGGUGUUGGUGAUGGCCAGAUCCCGUAUGUCUGCAAGCAUGAGAUUUCCUUGAUCAAGGAAAGGUUGACAGAGAUGUAUCGUGGCGAUACCUGGAGGAUGGGAUUCAUCAUUGUGUCCAAGCGUAUCAACACCAGGUUGUUCAGCUGCACUCGCCCAGGUGCCCCUCCAACAAACCCACCUGCUGGCACUGUGGUUGAUGACUGCAUCACCUUGCCUGAGAGAUACGACUUCUAUGUCGUGAGCCAGCAUGUGAAUGAGGGCACUGUGUCACCAACCUCCUACCAUGUCAUCUCUGACAACACUGGACUUGACCCUGACAAGAUGCAGCGACUGGCCUAUAAAAUGACCUACGUCUACUUCAACUGGAGUGGCACUGUGAAAGUCCCAGGCCCAGUGCAGUAUGCCCACAAGCUGGCUGCAGUGACUGCCAUGUACCUGCAUCGUCUGCCAAGCCCUGAAAUUGCUGACCUGCUGUACUUCCUUUGAAGAUCUUUUUAAGUUUUUCUGCCUAGUGCUUAUUGUAUAUUUCUUGAUUCUCAUUUUAAUUUCUGACGCACUUCGGCUUUUUUCAAAUAACAGUUUUUCUGCACUUUGUAUGGAAUUGGUGGCAAAUAAAAAGUAACUA